CCUUGAUGAUGGGGCAUGUAGGUGCCAAACCUCGGAGACAAACUAUGCGGGGAGAUGGUUACCUUUUCCAAGCUCAUCCUUCCUCCUGCCUUUCCAUUACUGAGGAGGUGUUUCUAGAAGCUGCUGAGUACGACAACAUCCCUGAAGUGAGGCGGAUGCUGGAGGAGCUUCCACACCUCAACAUCAACUAUGUCAACUACAUGGGUAAGAUAUGGGAAGAAUGUAAAGAUAUUUGGUCACAGGACACCAAGGAGUACAUCACAGAACCAUGGAACCUUCUUGACUUUAGCAUUUUGGCCAUUUUUAUGACCUCUUUCAUUGCGAGAUUAAUGGCUUUCUGGCAUGCGCAUUCUGCACAGUGCUACAUUGACACGCAUCCAUCUAACAUCACCUUGCCCUCUGAGGUCCAAUAUUUUCAGCUGGUGGGCAUGACGUUUUAA